AUGGUGGGCUCUGUGUGGAGAUUGUCCCUUGACUUCAUCUCAGGCUACUGGCAGAUCCCAGUACACAAAGACAACAUAGAGAAGACCGCAUUCAUGACCCAGCACAGCACCUUCAAGUUCACAGUGAUGCCAUUCAGGUUGACCAACACGCCAGCAAGUUUCCAGAGGGAUAUGGACAUUGUCCUGUCAGGCCUCAACUGGGUCAGCACUCUGGUAUACAUCAAUGAUAUCAUUGUCUUCUCUGUCUCAUUCAAGGACCACCUCCAACACCUCCAGGAGGUGUUCGACCAGCUGCGCACCACCAACAUGUUCAUGAAGCCGUCCAAGUGCAACUUCUGUUGGACUGAGUUGCCAUUCCUCAGACACCUCAUGCAGAAGGAUGGCAUCGCCAUGGACCCCAAGAAGGUGCGCGUCAUGCACGAGAUGGCAUGGCCCGUCAACACCACCAAGCCAUUCCAUGGCGUGGUGUGGAUGCUGGAGUGUGAAGUGGCGUUCAUAUGGCUGAAGGAGGCGCUGACAAUGGCACCUGUUCUCACAUUCCCAGAUUUCAAGAGGCCCUUCUACCUGCACACCAACACAUUGAAGCUGGCCAUUGGGGCAGUCCUGUCUCAAUGGACAGAGGAGGGCAACAAACAGGUGGUGGCAUACACCAAUCAGCAAUUAUCCAAGUCUGAACACAACUACAAUGUGACUGAGUGGGAGUGCUUAAGCAUCAUGUUCUGGAUUGAGUACUUCCAUCACUAUCUGCACAGCAGCAAGUUCCACGUUGUCACAGACCACACUGCACUCAAGUGGUUGAUGGACGUGAAGGAGCAACGUGGGCAGUUGGCACAGUGGGCAAUGAAGCUACAACCCUACGACUUUGAAAUUGUCUACCAUGCAGGCAUCAAGCACAUCAACACACACACAAUGACAAGACCACCCAUCAUGAGCAACACAGACAUCAUGGCCAUGGUCAGCGAGACAAGGGCAAAGCAGGCAGCAGCAAUCAAGGGGGACAAGUUCAUGCAGUGGGUGGUGACAAAUCCAUUUGGCGAUGUGGCUUGUGCAGCCAUUCUUGCUGGCGCGUUGGUCAACCUGAAUGGCAUCACUGUGAACUUGAAGGAUCUGCCAGUAGCCCAAGACGAGGUCAAGGGACGAUCUCCACACGGAGCCCACCAGCAUGUCAAGGAUGUCAUCCACAUGUGGGAGUGGAACCAAGUCAACCCGUCCUUCUUGGUGACCAAGACCACCAGCGAUGCCCACAGGCUGUGA